AUGAUAAAAUUAAUUUUAUCAUUAAUAUUUUUAAUAAUAUGUUGUAAUAUAAAUCCAAGUGAAAGUUUUAAAUUAAUCACAUUAACAACUGGACCAACAAGUGAUUUAGGUUUUAAUAAUAUGGUUAAUCAAGGUAGAAUAGGUGUUUCAAAAGCAAUGAAUAUCGAAGAUUCAAGAAUAUUUAUUGUAUCAGGUAGAAAUGAAACUUAUGCUUUGCUUUUACCAUUGAUUCAAAAUGAUGAUAUUGAUUUAGUAAUUUGUUCAAGUCAAGAUCAUGGCGAUGCAUGUAAAGAGAUUGCAGCAAUGUAUAUUGAUAGUCCAACCAUUAAAACCCAAUUCUUAGUAAGAGGUAGUGGUGCAGCUACAAAGAAUUUAAUUCAAAUCACUUACAACUAUGCCUCAGUCAAUUAUAUUAGUGGUAUGUUUGCAGGUUUACAAACUGUAAAGAAUAAGAUUGGGUUCCUUUCACCUGGUUCCGCAGCCAACAAUAAUGACUCAUUUGUUUAUGCAUUUUGGAUCGGUGCUAAGCAAGUGAAUCCAGAUGUUAAAUUUUAUUAUUACAAUAUUGGUAGCUACCUCGACCAAGAUAAAACCAUAGCAGCAACUCAAGAUCUUAUCAAUAUCUAUGGUUGUGAUGUUAUAGCCGAUACAUUGGACGAUUUCUCUGCUGGUAAUGUCGCAAUCCAAAAUAACCAAUAUGCAAUGGGUACCAAUGGGUUCCCACAAAGAGAUGUGUAUGGUGAGAAUGUAAUUUUCAGUUAUGCCUACAAUUGGACAAAAUAUUUCUUACCUAUCGCAGGUUCCGUUGCCAAUGGUACUGUUCCAGGUAAAUGGUAUGCUGAUUUCAAUAAAGAAGAUAAUUAUAAUUUCUAUGAUCUUAGCUUUGGUUUCAAAGUUUCACAAAAUACCAAAGAUCUUCUCAUCCAAAAAAGUCGUGUACUUGCUACAACCCCAAGAGCCGGUCAUCCAUAUUAUUGUAAUGAAUAUAUAGAACAAUACACUAAAAAAUAUAAUUUACCAACACAAGCAGCUAAUUCAAGUUGUAUAAGUACUGCUGGUUUCUUUUAUAUUAAUCAACCAGUUGGUGAUAUGAUUUAUUUAGGUAGUUAUAAUAUUAGAUUAUCAAAAAUUGAAUUUUCAAGUUCAGUUCAAAAAGGUUUUUCAAUUGUUUCAGGUUGUUUAAUUGCAUUUGUAAUAUUAAUGAUGGUUGGUAUUGUAUAUUAUAAAGAUACACCAUCAAUUCGUUCAGCAAGUCCAAUUUUCUUAAACUUUAGUUUAAUUGGUGGUAUUAUAAUUUAUAUUGGUAUUAUUAUUUGGGUUGGACCAAUUAGUACACAUCAAUGUAAUGCAAGAUUUUGGUUAGUUACACUCGGUUUCUCAACAUUGAUUGGUAGUUUGGUAGUUAAAAACUUUAGAAUUUGGUUGAUUUUUGAUAAUCCAGAAUUGAAAGCAAUUAAAAUUACAAAUUAUCAAUUGUUCCCAUGGGUUGGUUUAUGUUUGGUGAUUAAUAUAGUUUUAAUGGCAAUUCUAACAUCGGUUGGUGAUUUGAAGGCUAUUGAAGCUCAAGGAAUUGAUUCGUUGGGUAAAUAUGAGUAUAUGACAGUAUGUAAAAUGAAUAGUGCUGGUGCAUCAACAUUGUAUUCGAUUUUGGCAUAUUUUGCAGCACUUUUAUUGGUUGGUGUUUUUGUGUCAUGGAAAAUCCGUAUUGUAGAUAUCGAGGAGUUUAACGAAUCAAAAGCAAUUGCUAAUACACUCUAUGCCGUUAGUUUCUGUUUAUUCGUUAUUGUGCCAUUGAUGAUUUCACCACAAGAGAAACAAUCCGAGACUAUUAUCCUCUGCGUUGCUGGUCUUUUCAUUACGACCGCUGCUCUAUUAAUUGUUUUCAUUCCAAAAUUCUGGAGAGUUUUCAUUUAUGGUAAAGAAGGUACAAAUGAAAUGUUUAAACAAAAGAAAUCAUCAUCAGUUGCAACUGCUCGUGCUGAAAGUUUAAGUAAAAAUAGUUCAAAUGGUGGUGCUCAUAGUGGUGGUGGUGCUGUUAAAACUAAUCGUAGAGGUAAUAUUGUAUCUGGUGAUUUCACUGAUGAUUCAGAAUCAUCACUAUCUGAACCAAAUAAACCAACUAAAAAUAAUGAUGGUAAUGUAAAUGUUACAGCUGGUGCUGUUUUAGCUGAAUUCACUGAUGAUACAAUCUCUGAAUUUGAUGAAAAUGAAGUUAAUGAAGAACCUGUAAAAACAGAAUCUCAAGAAUAA